CACAUCCCGCGCAAGGCGCGGGUUAUUACCUAGUUAUAUAUUAAAGGAGAAGCAUUGUAAUAAAUGCAUUCACACUAUAAUAGACACGUGGCAAUCUCACAAUGAUUUGAUAAUAAAUAUGCUAACGCGUUCAUACUAUAAUCAUAAAUGUAUUCACACUAUAUAUUUUGUAUUUUUAAAUAUAAAACCCGCAUGCAUGGCUCCAACAAAACUUUGGAUUUUUCGGUUCGAAUCAAAACAAAUAACGAAUCAAAAGCUAAACUGUAUAUAUAUAUAUAUAUAUAUAUAUAGUGCUUUUAUUGUUUACGGAUAAAGUUGGGCAAAAUAGUUAAGGGAUUUUGAUUCGAUUCGUUAUCCUUUUUGAUUGAACCAAAAAUAUGGAUAUCCGUAACUAUACGAAGCAAAUCAGAUACUAAAAUACAAUAUCAAACCAAAAAAAAAAACAAAUCACAAAUACCAAUUUUUUUAGAAACAUAUAUCUAAUUCGAUCUUUUAUAUGCAUAUAUAUACAUAUAUGUACAGUAUUAUAUAUAUAUAUAUAUGUUAUGUAUAUAUAUUAUAAUUUAUAUAAGUUUUACAAUAUUUUUAUGAAUUAAAUUAAUUAUUAUUAGGUAUUAAAAUUUUAAAAAGUUAAAUAAUAUUUUAUUUUUGUAAUAAAAUGUUAUUAUUAAAUUUUUCAGUUUUAUUUACGAAUCAAAUCGGAUAUUCUUUAAAAUUUUAAAUCAUUUCGGAUAUCACAGUCACUGAUCGAGUGGCAAAAGAUUGAAUCAAUAUGAAUGCCUCCAAAUAUUCGGAUAUUCGAUUUGUAUCCACGUCUAUUUAUGAAUAUAAUUUAUUUUCUUUAUAUGAAAAAAAUUCACUAAUGUCAAGGGCGUUUUAAUUUUUAAUUUUUAAUUAAUUUUAAUUUUAUCUUUCAUGUAUUAUUUUAAAUAAAAAUAUCAUUUAAUAUUAAUUAACAAUAUCUUUAUAUAUUUGUCAACUAUUUUUAUAUACUUUUACAUACACAUAAAUGUGCACCUUGACGUGAACACCUUGCAACUAAGUAUUUACCACAACUGAAGUAUCUAUUUUAUUUUUUGGAAGUUGGAAUAUAUAUUGUUUUUCUUAAUGCUUCUUUCACUACCGACCAAAUUGUAGUGAAAUAAUUUGUCUUAAUAAAUUUUUUUUUUUGAACUAUUAUCCGUUUACAAACUAUGAUAUGAAGCCUUGGUUCGACAUGACGACUAUCUAAAAUUGAUAACAUGAAAGAAAUAAUAGUAAUGUUUGGUUUUAACCGAAAAAACUAAAAAAUCAAAUAUUCUAACCAAAUAAACCAAAAUAUGUAUUAAUUUAAAAUAAUAGUUAUAUUUUAGCAGAUUAAAAACCAAAAACUAACUUAAAACUGAACCGAUAUCCAGAUUAAACAUAUUUAAUGUGUUUUUAUUAAAAAAUAACGAAACUAAUAAUCACAUUCCGCGCAAGGCGCGGGUUAUUACCUAGUAAUAUAAUAAUAGAAACUAAACCCUCCAAAACAACUUUUAGUUGUUAGUAUAUUAAUCACAAAAUAGUACAAUACCUAUUUUGUACUGUUUUCGGAGGCUUACAAAAGGAGGAAGCAGAGAUCACAUAACAUAAGUUCCAAGAAGAUUUACAAAACCAGAACAAAAUGUUGUCUUUUGGUGAAAGCUUCGUCCUAGCCCUAGCAUUAUUCUCCGUCAUUUUAACUCCAGCCUAUGGUCUACCAAAAGUGAAGCCAAUCGAUGAUGUCCAACCGGAACAAACGCUAGCGGUUCACAACGAGAUUCGAGCCGCGGUCGGGGUGGCUCCAUUGGUAUGGAACGAAACCGUUGCGGCCUAUGCACAGAAUUUCGCCAACAAGCUAGCCAAAGCUGGGAAAUGCGCGUAUACUGACAUGAGACAUUCUGGUGGACCUUACGGCGAAAACAUCGCGGCAGGAUGGGUCCAACCUGAGGAUCAAAUGAGCGGUCCGAUCGCUACUAAGUAUUGGUUAACGGAGAAGCCUAACUACGACCAUGCCACUAACAAGUGCAAAGAUGUUUGCGGGCACUACACUCAGAUCGUGGCAAAUCAAUCAUUCAGUCUCGGAUGUGGCUCGUAUAGGUGUCAUGAUAAUGAGUUGAUUUGGAUUGUAUGUGAUUAUUAUCCUAUGCCUAUGGGUGAUGCGAAUACUCGCCCCUAUUGAUGAUUUGAACUGGAUGAUUUAUUUCCAAAAAAAAUGUAAUGCGUGAAUCUAUUAUCUAUAAAAAGAUUAAUAUAUUAAGUUAAUAUAUCUUACAUAUAGAUGUGAUCAAAUUAAACCAGCUAGUUUAUAAUUUGUUUUAAUGAUGUUGUCGUAUUACCAUUGUGAUAGAGAGGUAAGAAACAUAAAACAAAAAAAAGACUGAAUUAUAUUAAUUAGUAGCCUGUAUUGAUAUUGAUCUGUGUAAUUUUCAUAUUAUAGACGUAGGCAUAAUGCUAGCAGAAAUUAUGCAGCAAAACUAGGUCAUCAGGCUCGGCCUCAUAUGCUCAAAUGUGUUGAGGAGCUUUAGGGAUGAUAUGUUAAAGUCAGCAUGAGACUUUGAUAAUAGUAUAAUACAUUAAUAACUUUCCACAACAUCUGAGGCAUGCUCUACCUUUUUUUUAUGGACGCGAUCAGCCGAUCAUCAAGAUUACUUUAAGUGACAUGCUAAUCAUUCUUCUUUAUCCUCCUCCUCUAUUCUUAUUGAAUUAGAGCCGAAAGUACUGAAAAAUCUAUUAAUUACGCUUUCAAAAACACAUCUAUAUAAUUAAAACAUAAGUCAUGACUUAAUUCAUGUAUGAUUUUUUUAAUUUGGACUACUCCUUGAAAAGUUGUUUAAAUUAAUUUUUGUAUAAAUAUUUAAUGUAUUUGAAUUAUUCUAAAACAAACAAAUCAAAUAGAUAUUCUUAUAUUUUCUCUGAAAUUGUUUCUGGAUAAAAUCAUUUCAUAUUUUUAUUUACAAUAUAAGUACAUAUUUCAUUUUCAUCAAAAUAAACUUUUUAAAAAUUAAAUAAUUUCGUAUUUAUUUAAAAAAUAAAUGUAUAUUUUAUUUUUCACUUAAACAAAAUAUUUAAAUAUUUAGUUAAUUUCGUGUUUAUUUAAAAAAAUAUAUAUAUAUAUUUCAUUUUAACUAAAAAAACCUUUUAAAUUUUAAAUUUUUUAUUUUUAAUAAUAACUAAACUCAUAUACAAUUUCAUAUUAAAUUUUAAUAUAAUGCUUUGCAAUUAAAUUUUUGAUCCUUAACCAAUAAUUUAUUCAAUUUAGAACUUUGUAUCACAUGAUUAAAAAUAUGCCAUCAUUGACAAUUUAAAACAAAUAAAUUAAAUUAUUGCAUGAAACUAUAAAAUUGUUAUAUUUUAAAUUCUAUAUUAAACAAUUAGUAAUAUGGUAAAUAUUAAAAUUAUAUACAAUUAAUCAUGUAAAAAUAUUUAUUUGUGUAACAAUAAAAAUAAUCACCUGCACGGUUGCGCGGGUCAAAAUCUACUUGUAACUUAAAACGACAAGUACUUGAUAGUCAUCUUAUGAAGUAAACAUAAUUAAUGAUUUUUAGCUAUGCAUGGCAAUCGAGUUGGCAUUGUGGAGCGAGUAAGUGUUCGAUAACAUCUAAAACUAUUGUAAAACUACUACUUUUUUUUGCUGUUAUUGUAAAACUAAUUUUAAAUCAGUAUAUCUAUACAUUGCGCUAAUUUUGUGAGAACGCGAAUUGUAGUUUCACUAUUUUUUGUAUAUUUUGCUAGUUUCUUUUUGAUCAUCAAAAAGUUUUGGGUCAGUGGAUCUAUACAAUCAAAUCUAAAAUCUGAGGUAAAUUGUUUAAAACCCUUGAUCUACAUCAUCACUGGGCUAAAAGACUUCUUGCAUGUUACUUUAAAAUUUGAAUGAACAACGCUUCCGAACUUUGAUAAUCUUCUGAAAUAAUCAAUAAAAAACCAUUAUAUUCGGAAGUCCAUUAAAAACACACUUAAGUAAAAAGGCCCACCUCAUUUAUAAAAAAAACAUAUAUACACCCUUCAAAAGAAAUACUUGUACAUAGGAGAAAUAUAAGAAUCCUAUUUCGACGGCGAGGAUCAUGUAGACCACUGUAAACAAGGUAGUCGUGAAACCACAUGAUCAACGAUCUGAGUUCUUCCCCCUUCUUUUCUGUUUGAAUCCGUUUUGUAAUUCUCAAAACCAGCUAUUGAUUUUUUCAUUAUGAUCCUCAUUUUUUUUCUACUCGGGAACCGAGUCGGUGGUGCGUGGAAGCUCAUUGCGGAUCCGCCGUGACUAGCGGGGAGUUACUUUCUGAUUUUGAUCAUCAAUGGCGUCUUGGCUCAAAGCUGCCUGCCUGCCGAAGGUAAUCUUAGUGGUGGUUUCUGCACUCUUUUACCAUGACAACAAUUUUGUGAAAGUUUGAUUGAUUAUUGGAUUUAUUGGAGGUUGUGGAUCGAAGGGGAAAGUCUGUGGUUGAAGACCUCUCCGAGGAACAGUCUGAUUUGCACUUGCCAGCUUCUAAUAAGAAAGGGUCCCAAGCAAAGAGAUUAAAAGUUCAAAGGGAAAGGCUCGGCAGAAAGUAAAGUUGUCAAGGAAGAAUCUUCUAAUAAUAGAGAUUUUUUGGGUGAUCAAUCUGGACCAGGAGUUUCGCAGUCGGAGGUGCCUACCUCUAGAGAUUCAACCGACUGAUACAGAUGUUCAGAGUGUUCUGUCACUUCCACAGUCUGUGGCAGACACAAAAAGUGAAGAUGCUGCUGUGGUAGCUAUUGGUUCUGUUGCGCUGCUGAGCCAACUCCAAAUGACAAGCAAGCUGAUGGAGCUGUUCCAAAUGACACUUUGGUGCAACCGUUGCAACCGCAAACCUGGUUGAUGCUCAGAAUAUUUUUUAAAAGAGAUUUGGAUAAAUGGAAUCUGUGGUGCAUGUUUCUCCUUUAGGCCAAGGAACUGUGAUUCAAAGCACAGGAAAUGAGGCGUAAGAGAAAGUUGGUAUCUCAGUCAAUUUGGAUAAAGAACAUAGGAACAUAAUACCUCCACCAAUACAAAUUCCAUGAAGAUUCAACAUCAGCUUGAAGAGGUUAGUUAGUCUCUGGGAAAAUGAUGAAAAAUAACACAUACUAUAUCUGCUACUUGCAUGUAUGUUGUCAUCAAAAGCCUGUUGAACAAUUUCUUCACUAAUUCUAGGCUCAGGGGUUGUUAAAAGCUACGGUUUUCUUUGGGCAGUCAAAAGAAGCUAGGUUAAGCUCAAAUAUCCUUUGUGCAUCAAAUGGGUGAUUAAACACUCUUUUAUCUGUCCGAUAGAAUUAAUUCAUGCUAGUGUUUGGACGUUACCAAUUUCAGAUAUAUGCUUCAUUUGUUUGUCCUCAUAUACAUCUAGGUUUGUGCUGGACUGUCUGCAAAAGAUUAAGGAAGAAAAUGCACAGUUGGAAGAGUCUCUCACUGCAGAGGUAAAUUUGAACAGCUUCUUUAGUGUAUUUUGUACCCAUAUAAGAAAAAGUGAUACUUGAAGCCACCUAAUUUUAUUUCUUCAUUUUUUUUACUGUUAUAGCAAGAGCUGACCAAGUCAUAUGAAGCUAGCAUUAGAUAGUUACAAAAAUAUUUAUCAUCUUCUAAAAGAAAAGUGUCGAAAGUAGAGUCAAGCAUGGUUGAGGCACUAGCAGCUACGAACUCAGAGGUAGAAAGAAGCACUUGUCAGCACAAUGGAUGCCUUGAAAAACCAGGCUGCUCUGAACGAAGGAAAAUUGUCGUCCCUUCAGGUUUCUAGCCUCUCAUUUUGUUCCCCCAUUAUCAUAUAUUUGAACUUCAUUAGAAGAAUUGGCAAAUGAUACGCAGGUGGAAUGUACAUCUCUGGAUCAAGAGUUGCAAGAUAUGGAAGUUCGUGCUCGCAGAGGGCAAACGAAAUCUCCGGAUGAACCAAACCAAGUGACACAUGUAUGUAUUUUUAGGUUAUCAUGCUCUACGUUGUGGAAGUUAACUUCAAUUGUGAAUUGUGAGCUCUUUGCACACUUUAAUUUUUUUGUUAGAAGUAAAAACCAAGAACUUAUAUGCAAAAAGUAUUUACGAUCCCUUGGUAACUCUGAUAAGUCAUGUAUCAUACCUUAAUU